AUGCAGUUUCACGCCUCAAGAUACCUAUUGGUCGCUGGUUCGCUCUUCAUUAGCCAGCUGGUCAUGAGCCAGGUGAUUCUUGAAACCUGCGGCAAAAACGAGUGCACUGGCAAGCUCGAGAUAAUUUCUCAAGAAUUUGGCACAUGCAAGAAAAUGUUCAAAUGCGAUGCUGGUGAAUACCAUGAUGAGUGUGGCAGCGUGGACUGUUUAUCAGGAUGUAAACGGGUCGGGUUCGGGCCCAAAAACAGUGCCCAAACCCAACCCGACACCUAUGUCGGGUUGGGUCGGGUCGGGUCAAACUUGAAUAUAUGCUGCCCAGACCCGAACCCGUCUUGGGACUUUUUGGGUUCGGGUCGGCAGUUUGCAUGUCGGGUUCGGGCCGACCCGAUUGUUUUAGCCUUUGUAGAGCAACUCUGA